UUUGUUCAUACAAAGGCAAAAAGCAAAGCAUCGAAAGAAUCGAGUUCGCGAGGAGUCGAAAAUUGAACGAAUAGCCAGCAACAUCCUAUUUUUCUUACUAGCUGUGCACUUGUGACGAUAUAAAAAUAAUUCUACAUUAUCAGUUCUGCAGAUCUUCUGGUUAUUAAUAGCAGGUGCGUUUUUUUUCGUUGUUGGGUUGUUGUGUGGCAAGCAAGUGAAGAAAUAAAACAUAAGCAGCGACAAUGCCAAACAUUAAACUGCAAUCGUCGGACGGUGAGGUUUUUGAUACCGAUGUUCAGAUCGCAAAAUGUUCCGGAACAAUCAAAACUAUGCUGGAGGAUCUCGGCAUGGACGAGGGCGAAGACGAAGUUGUUCCCCUGCCGAACGUAAACUCGGCAAUCCUGCGAAAGGUGCUGCAGUGGGCCACCUAUCACAAGGAUGAUCCGGCCCCGGCUGAAGAUGACGAGAACAAAGAGAAACGUACGGACGACAUCAGCUCGUGGGAUGCCGAUUUCCUAAAAGUCGAUCAGGGAACACUCUUCGAGCUGAUUCUAGCUGCUAACUAUUUGGACAUCAAGGGACUGCUGGACGUGACGUGCAAAACGGUGGCUAAUAUGAUCAAGGGUAAGACGCCGGAGGAGAUCCGAAAGACGUUCAACAUUAAAAACGACUUCACACCGGCCGAGGAGGAACAGGUCCGCAAAGAGAACGAGUGGUGCGAGGAGAAGUAAAUUUUUAUACUUUUUGUUACGUUUUCUUUUAAAAAGCCCCCUAAAAACAAUUUAAUGAACAAUUUCAUUUUGAAACUCGACAUAUGUAAUUAGUUUCACUAUUAAUAAAAGCACACCUUCACGAAGUUCUAGCAUUAUCCGUGAUAGACGAGAGUGAAAUGGAUACUUUCUCGAAAUAAGGCACCUGCUUUUCGUUUUUGUUGAACACAAGAAAAAACUAAUUCAUAAUAAACAUUAGUUUUAAUCACAAA